GGGACUAUGCAGCUGGGUCUGGUGGCGCUGGUGAUGUUGUUCCUAAGCUCCAUGGGUCACGCUGACGUGCUCAAGCCCUCCAAGGCCCGCCGGCAUAGACGAGAUAGCGGCGAGGGGCUGCCGUCUUGCUCCAAAGGCUGCGAGCGUUGCUCCGCGGUCAACGGCUGCCUGAAGUGUCGGCCCAAGCUCUUCAUCUACUUUCAGCGCAACAACAUCAGCGAAGUGGCCAUUUGCCUGGCCUCCUGCCCCAUGGGAUACUUUGGCAUGAGGAACCCGGGAGGCAACAACAGAUGUUACCAAUGUAAGCUGGACAACUGCGCCGCCUGUUUCAGCCACAAUUUUUGCACAAAAUGCAAGGAGGGCUUGUACUCCAACAGCGGCCGCUGCUACGUCAGCUGCCCGGCUGGCCAGCGCACCGCCAACGACACCAUGGAGUGUGUGGAGUGCGAACUGGCCGAGUGGAGCCAGUGGGGAUCGUGCACCAAGAAGAACAAAACAUGUGGCUUUAAAAAAGGGACGCAGUCUCGCGUUCGGCUACCAGUGCAGCACCCCCGCAAGUCCGUGACCCCCUCGACUGGGGGUCUUUCUCAGAGGUGUGCAGCGCAGACUGAGAGGAGAAGAUGCACGGUGGCCAAGAUACCCUGUGUGAGAGACAAGAAGCACACUCCAGGAAGAGACGUCCAAAAAGGCAGUAGAGGCGGAAGAGUGAGAAAAGACCAAAGCAGGACCACGGUCAUUCCCAACAUCACAAGCAGCUCCGUCACUUAAACUCCAGAGGAAGCGUGACAAAGUCAACCUAUAGACGUGGCGAUGGCGACACAGAAACACUCACAGCAAAAGCCCCAUGGCCGAUGCUGACUCAGCGUGCUUGCAUCGCAGACCGGAAGCCCAGCGCUCCCGUCUGAUUUGAACAAAUCUCGUUGGUUGUUUGUGUCGUCUGAGGCCAUGGAUGGAUUAUCUCCUCUUCAAGGUGAUGCAAAGACCACAAAGAGCAUUUAAGCCUUUAGUGGGAGCAAAUGGAAAGGAAAUGGAAACCCUUAGUGAUUGUUUUUCCUUUGUAAAAGGUGCACUCCCAUUCAUCCCAGUCACAUUUACAAUAUUCAUUAUUUAAAUAAUAUAAUACUGAUACAAGGGCUGAAUGAGACACUAAAUACUACAACUACAACACCCAAAACCAGUGAAGUUGUCACGUUGUGUAAAUGGUAAAUAAAAACAGAACACAAUGAUUAUUGUCUAAUCCUUUUCAACUUAUAUUCAAUUGAAUAGACUGCAAAGACAAGAUAUUUCAGGUUCGAACUGGAAAACUUUGUUG